GAAAUGUGUGAUGAAGAUAACAAAAGCUUUUUAAGCAGAGAGGACUUUAAAGUUGCUGUAGCAAUGUUGUUUGAUUAUAAAUCCUCAAAGGUGGAGGUGGAUUCAGUAACGUCUUCUGUGAGAUUAUGAAAUUCAGGCCUAUUAUUUGAAAAGUUUUUAACUCUCAUGAGUGCAAAGAAGGCUGCACAGUUAUACAAUAACGAAACAGGGCAAAUAUUUACAGCUUUUCAUACGCAAGGUAAAGGAUUUUUGACCUUUGAAGACUUCAAGAAAGCCUUCAAUUCUGUUUCUCCUAAGUUAUCUGAAAGAAUCAUAGUUGAAGCCUUCAGAGAAGUCAAUCAGGAUUCUGAUGGCCACAUCAGCUUCAAAGAGUUUGAAUCUGCAAUGAAGUAUGGACAAGAUGAAGUAUCACCAGUGUACUUUGCCUAA